CCUCAGUGGCAGUCAGCUCCGACGCCUCCCGAUGAUUGACGGCUUGAGUCCCCAAUAGCAGCUUGAGUUUUUAUAUCCAGUACCCAAUUAUAUCGCAGAACAUAGAGGCUUUGUGGUAAAGUACAGUAGUUAGUCGUCGUCCAUAUCAACAAGCCACUAUUUUGGCAGGAUUUUGAUAAACACUCACUGUUCCUUAGCCGAUGUCAGCCGCUAUCUGCAUUUCCAACGAGACGUAUCACGCCUGAUCAGCACAAAACUAGCCAGCCACAUAGUCCCGAACCGAUAAGGUUGGAUGUCAUCGUCGGUUGAACUUUAAGACCGUUAGCUUGUUUUUCUUUAAAUUUCACACCAGGCAAGUCUGUGACAACUGAGCAAGCCAACAACGUUCUUAUCUUUCGAUUGGCUCUAUCUUUACAUUACACAACCUAGCUAGGAAGAACUUCAUCGUUAUUCUGGCAACUUGUCUGUAGCGUUAACAUUAGCCAACUUAUUUUCCCCCCAAACAAAACAUAUGUUAUAUAUCAAGCGAGCUUUCGUUUUGUUUUUGUCAACAAGCCGCUUUUUUUCGAAGAACUACCUAUAGCUAAAACUAACUAUAUUUAGCUAACAGUUUGCUUUUAACGGGGGGCAAAGCCACCAAAGCUGCUGAAGAGGUGUCAGCGCCAGCCUUGAGCAGCUAACAACAAACCCUUACUUGAACCAUUUUAACAACCAUUAAGGACGGAAACUGUUUGGCUCAUAAAACGGACUGGCGCUGCAUGCAGGACCUUUAACUUUUAAACAGCCCGUUUGACACGCCACAGGAGUAACUCUUUCACGUUACCUCUCGCUUUUUAAAAGAAUCACCGACGGAGCAGCGAGCCACCUGAGUGUUAGGAGAGCCAGUGGUAGGACCUGACGCAGGUUGUGUACAGCCACGGAAUCCCUCAUCGGAUUGUUAUAUUAUCAGUGUUAUUGUUGAAAAUGGCGGCGAUCGGUAUGGUGCAGAUGUUGAUCGAAGCAGCCGAGUACCUUGAUCGCAGGGAACGAGAAGCGGAACACGGCUAUGCCUCCAUGCCACCCUUCAUCAGCAGUCGAGAGAGGGAAAGCUUGAAAAGGAAAAGCAAAAGCAAGAAAAACACAAGUAGCAGGUCUACGCACAAUGAAAUGGAAAAGAACAGACGGGCACAUCUACGGCUGUGUUUAGAGCGCUUGAAAUCCCUCGUUCCCUUAGGACCAGAUGCUAACAGGCACACCACCCUCAGCCUGCUGAUGAAAGCCAAAGAUCACAUCAAGAGGUUGGAGGAGAGCGACAGGAGAGCUCAGCACACCUUGGAGCAGCUACAGCGGGAGCGAAGACACCUGAGGAGGCGUCUGGAGCAGCUGGGGGUGGAGAGGACCCGCAUGGACAGUACUGGCUCCACCCCGUCCUCCGACAAGUCCGACUCCGACCAGGAGGACCUGGACGUGGAUGUAGAGGGGACAGACUACCUGCUGGGUGACCUGGAGUGGAGCACCAGCAGUGUGAGCGACUCAGGGGACGAGCGGGGCAGCCUGCGCAGCAGCUGUAGCGACGAGGGCUACUCCAGCGCCAGCCUGCAGCGCCUGCAGGACACUCAGGAGAGGGCCAAGCAGCUGGGCUGCAGCCUAUAAACAGCACUGGUCACUGACACAACACCCACCUCCUCCCGUCAGCCAAUCCCGUCCCAAGAUUGUCCCUGGUCCCGCUCAGACCCCAUCCCCUUCCUCCCCUCCCUACCUCCCUACCUCCCUCUCUGCCAGGACUGACCACGUCUGAGGCCUCUUCUCUAGCCAGGCCUCUGUGGACCUCCUGUCCCCAUGGUGAUGUCCGUUCAGACUGGAACACCUCUGUGACACCCGCUCACAUCAAGUCCAUCAUCAGCGGUCAGUCUUUAGGGUGUCACUCGCUCUGCUCUGCACCAAUCAAAUGAGCGGGAUUUCUAAUGACCCCCCCCCCCCCCCCCGUCCAUCAAAAUCACGGCUUUCAGCCAGAGAAUGUUACCACACAAUAUCCCACUGCCUCUUUUUCUAUGCCUCAAGAGCCAUGGGAAGCACUUAUGAGAUUUCACCCUUACUUCACACAUACAUUAACACACAUACACACGCCGAUCCAUCGCUCCUAGUUGUCCAGUGAGACAGAGUCCUCCCAAAGGUGUGACACUGACAUGAUGCGUGGGCUUUUUUUUUUUUCUGCCCUGCUCACCAGGCAACCAUCUGUGCUUGGUAACUUGCACUUAAAAUUGCUUGUGUAAACAAAACUUUUACAUCUUGUUCAAACACUGUCUCUUAAAAACUUAAAGGCCCCCCACUGCAGCUGUUGCUGCAGUCAUGUUACCAGAAGCGAGUGUUUGAAGCUUGUCAGUUGUCUGCCUGUGCUCUAUGGUGCAGGAGACUUUGUGGACACUACACUAAACUGUAGGGGCCUGCCAGCAAUACGUCUCUUAUUACCCAGGCUUUGGUGGGCAGUCUCAUAACUACCUUGUAAUUUUAUGUCCACUCCUGCAGUUCGGAAGAGAAAGUCAAACAAAAACAAACAAAAAAAAAAAAAAUUUUGUGCAGCAUGAGAUUGUGAAGGGGCUGGGGUAUAUGGGAUGGUUUUGGGGCUGGGUUUGAUGUUUUCUGCCUCUCUCUGAUGACGGUGGCGAUUUUACAGCAUCCUUUUAUCAUAUGUGUGUAUGUCACGUUUGAGCCUGGUGACGACAAGGGGUCACCAGCGGGUUUGGAAAUUUUAAACACCAGCCACCAGGCUGAAUGCUGGUAUAUUUUUUUUUUUUUUUGGCAGGUGCUGGUACAUUUUUGUACACUACUACUUCACUGCCCCAUUCACCAGGUAUUAAGAGGAAAGGGAAGAGCCUAUCUACUGAGAGCAGUCGAGAGACUGGAGCACAUUCCACUGUGUAGAGAGGACAGGCAGGUGAGACUGAGAAUAUUGUUUCUGCGAGUGGAUGUUCCUGCCAAUUUUGGAAGGGAGAGUUGAGUUUGAGACGAGGCAAGUCACUCUGAAAGCAAACGACUGGCUUUGACUUUUCAGUCAGAACACACUGAGAAAGCAUGCUUCUUUCUUUGUGUUCACCACUGAAGAGCACAAAAAUGUUAAAACCACAGAUUUUCUCUCCUUCGCCUUGCCUUGAUAGCUAUUUAUUGUUUCUGCAAAAAUGUACACUUUUUAAUGUAAAUAGUUUACAGAAAGAUCUCUAUGUCUAUCAACAAAUGUAUUUAUUAGAUAUACUAAAUAUAUAGAUGGAUAUAUAUAAAUAUAUUUAAUUAGUCAUAGCCUAUGUUCUUGUUGUGAGGUUUAUUGAGAGUUUCCUAUGUGUAGUUUGUUUGCACAGCCCAGUCAAUCUAUAGAAUAUUUAGAAAUGUCUCUUGUGCCUCGAGGCUUUUGUGUCUUUUCAGAAUUCGGCACAGUGCUCCUAGGAAAUGAAAUGUUUUCUUUGUGGUUGAUUCUAAUUUUUAGCUGUUUUCAAAGCCACCCUGCCCUUUAAUGGAGGAAUUAUAGGACAAAAAAAUCAGUAUAAGUUCAAAAAAUGUGAAUUUAAAAAGUGUAGAAUUGAGAGGAGCCGGUGGCCAGGUUGAGAGCAGUGAUGCCUCCUCUGGCAAAGCUUCGUUUCCUGUUCGCCCAUCUCCGUGCCUAGGAACCUCCAACAACAUGGCUGCUCUCCCUGUGAGAUGUUUAGUCCGUUGUUUGGUUCAGAAUCAUCAUGGGCAGGGAGAGGAUAGCAGCUUUUAGUAUGUAGAUCUCCUCAACCCUGCAGCACGGUGCUCCUGCAUCCUGCAUCCGCCACUUGUAAAUCUCAGUUAAAGCAUGAGGAUGGUACACCAAAAAAAAAAAAAAAUCUGAAAAAUAGAUAUACGAUUGUUUAGUCUUUUGAGUGUGGAAUGCUGCUUUUUCUUUUGUCAAAUUGAAAACUUUUCAAAUAGAGAGGAACUGUGUAGCCAGGCUAUAAGGGGAAAUAAAGAGGAAAUGUACUGAAAAGUAGGUGCGAGUGGGCAGAUGUGUUCACUGAAAUGCCGUAUGUCGGUGCGUGCAUGUGUAAUACAGUAUGUGUGACUGUGCGUGUGUGCGUUUUAUUUCGUCACUGUCUUCAGAGAGAAAUUUUUUGGGGAGGUAUAGGGUGGGUGGUUUAAAAAAAAAAAAAAAAAAAAAAAAA